AUGCAGAGGCGAUGGUUUCUGGGAAAGCGUGUGAUUUGUGCACUGCUCUUCUGCUUCGUUCUGCUCCUGUACCGUCAGGCCUGCAGGUCUCCGAGCCAAACCCGGUCCAGACGUCCAGCAGGGGAAGAUGCAUUCAAGGCUUUACUGCAGCAGCAUGAGCGGAGCUAUCUCCAGCACAGCAGGAACCUCACCAGACGGAUCUCACAGCUGAGAGCAGAGCUGCAGAGAUCCGCUGUGGAGCUCGAGGAACACAGCCAGUCCGAGCUGGAGGAGUUCCUGCAGAAGCAGCUCCGACGGGCCGAGGUCUUCACCGGAGAACGGCUGCUCAAUGAGUUUGCGGUGCUGCCGUUUGAGACCUUCACCCUCCGCAGGGUCUAUCAGCUGGAAAGCGGACUGGCCAGGCUCCCGGUGGAAAGUCCGGUUCGUCAGGACCGCAGGAACGAGCUAAACGAGGCAUUAGAAGCAGCGCUGCAUCUGCUAAACGAACCCCAGCACCGCAGGAUUUACUCUCCUCAACAUUUCUAUGAAGGAAUCUUUCGCACAGAGAGGGACAAAGGAACGUUAUAUGAUCUCACGUUCAGAGAAAACGGCGCUCCAGACUUCAGGAGGCUGGUGUUCUUCCGUCCGUUCGCACCGCUGAUGAAGGUGAAGGAGGAACUGAUGGAUGCGUCUCAGAUCCUCAUCAAUAUAAUCCUACCGCUGGCCGACACAGUGGACACAUUCAGACAAUUCGUGCAACAUUUCAGUGACGCUUGCAUUCAUCAGGAUGGACGGACGCAUCUCACCGUGGUGCUUUUUGGGUCAGAAAAGAUGCAUGAAGUGAAAAGAAUUCUGGAUGUAAUGUCAAGGAGAAUGAAAUACAGGAAUGUGACUCUGAUCCGUCUGAACGAAGCCUUCUCCAGAAGACGAGGCCUGGACGCCGGCGCUCGAGCCUGGAAGCGAAGCAACGUCCUCCUGUUUUUCUGUGAUGUGAACGUUCGGUUUAGCGCAGAGUUCCUGAACUCCUGCCGUAUGAACACAGAACCAGGUAAAAAGGUGUUUUAUCCAGUGAUGUUCAGCCUGUAUAAUCCAGAGGUCAUCUAUGGUCAGCACAUCCCUUCUGCUGAAGAUCAGCUGGUGAUCAAGAAAGAUUUUGGCUUCUGGAAGGAUUUUGACUUUGGGACGACGUGCCAGUACAGAUCAGACUUCAUCAACACAGGUGGAUUUGAUGUGAAAGGCGGAGCUACAGAAGAUGUUCAUCUCUACAGGAAGUUCCUCCACAGCAGUCUGAUGGUGGUUCGCGCUCCGUCACGCAGCCUGUUUCACGUGUGGCAUCCAACCGUCUGUCGCGCGCAUUUAUCCAGCGAGACCUUUAAACUGUGUUUGCAGGAUAAAGCACUGAACCAGGCGUCUCACAGUCAGCUGGGACAAAUCAUCUUCCACCAGCAGAUCAACAAUCAUCUGCACAAAUACAAGCAACACAAUAUCAAGUCAUGAGGAACAGAUCUGACGAUUAUUUAAAGACAAUGAUGAAAUAUGAACUUAUAUUGAGAUAUAAAUCACUUAUUGUGUUUGAGAUGAAGGACACUAGUAAGUUAUGUAGAGCUUUACAGCAGCAUUCAAUUUGUGUCAUAAUUAAUUUGUUAAAUCUCUCACUAGAAUGAAACCGAAUAACAUUUAAAUCUGUUAAUCGAUCAAAAACAACUGAGAUUUAAAUCUGUUUAUGGAACAAAAUCGACUGACAUUUAAAUACUUUAAUUGAACAAAAUCGACAAACAUAUAUAUCUGUUAAUCAAACAAACCCGUUUGACAUUUAAAUCUGUUAAUCGAACAAAAUCGACCAACAUUUAUAUCUGUUAAUCGAAUAAAA